CCGCGGCGUAACGGCAGCCAUCUUGUUUGUUUGAGUGAAUCGGAAAGGAGGAGGUGGCUGUGGCGGCGGCGGGAGCUGCUCCGAAGCUACACCGCACAAGGGCUCCCCCCUUUCCCCGCCCCCUCCCCCAACCCUUUUCCCCUCCCCGGGCCACCCAGCCCGGCCCUACUCCCGGUGGAGAGCAAGGUUUCCUCCUGUCUUAUAGUCAACCAGAACGAUGUUCUACGCACAUUUUGUCCUCAGUAAAAGAGGGCCUCUGGCCAAAAUUUGGCUGGCGGCCCAUUGGGAUAAGAAGCUAACCAAAGCCCAUGUGUUCGAGUGUAAUUUAGAGAGCAGUGUGGAGAGUAUCAUCUCACCCAAGGUGAAGAUGGCUCUUCGAACAUCGGGACAUCUCUUACUGGGAGUAGUUCGCAUCUAUCACAGGAAAGCCAAAUACCUCCUUGCAGACUGUAAUGAAGCAUUUAUUAAAAUAAAGAUGGCUUUUCGGCCAGGUGUUGUUGACCUACCUGAGGAAAACCGUGAAGCAGCUUAUAAUGCCAUAACAUUACCUGAAGAAUUUCAUGACUUUGAUCAGCCGCUGCCUGACUUAGAUGACAUUGAUGUGGCCCAGCAGUUCAGCCUGAACCAGAGUAGAGUGGAAGAGAUAACCAUGAGAGAAGAAGUUGGAAACAUCAGUAUUCUACAAGAAAAUGAUUUUGGCGACUUUGGAAUGGAUGAUCGUGAGAUAAUGAGAGAAGGCAGUGCCUUUGAGGAUGAUGACAUGUUAGUAAGCACUAGUACUUCUAAUCUCUUGCUUGAGCCUGAGCAAAGCACCAGCAAUCUGAAUGAGAAAAUUAACCAUUUAGAAUAUGAAGACCAAUAUAAGGAUGACAACUUUGGAGAAGGAAAUGAUGGUGGCAUAUUAGACGACAAACUUAUUAGUAAUAAUGAUGGUGGUAUCUUCGACGAUCCCCCUACUCUCUCUGAGACGGGGGUGAUGUUGCCAGAGCAGCCUGCACACGAUGACAUGGAUGAGGAGGAUAAUGUGUCGAUGGGUGGGCCCGAUAGUCCUGAUUCAGUGGAUCAUAUUGAACCAUUGCCAACCAUGACCGAUCAAACAACACUUGUUCCGAAUGAGGAGGAAGCAUUUGCUUUGGAACCUAUUGAUAUCACUGUCAAAGAAACAAAAGCCAAGAGGAAGAGGAAGCUAAUUGUUGACAGUGUGAAAGAGUUGGAUAGCAAGACUAUUAGAGCCCAGCUUAGUGAUUACUCUGAUAUUGUUACUACUUUGGAUCUGGCACCACCCACCAAGAAAUUGAUGAUGUGGAAAGAGACAGGAGGAGUGGAAAAACUUUUCUCGUUACCUGCUCAGCCUUUAUGGAAUAAUAGACUACUGAAGCUCUUCACACGUUGUCUUACACCACUUGUACCAGAGGAUCUUAGAAAAAGGAGGAAAGGAGGAGAGGCUGAUAAUUUGGAUGAAUUCCUCAAAGAAUUUGAAAACCCAGAGGUUCCCAGAGAAGACCAGCAACAGCAACAUCAGCAGCGUGAUAUUAUUGAUGAGCCCAUUAUGGAAGAACCAAGCCGCCUCCAGGAGUCAGGAAUGGAAACCAGCAGAACAAACUUGGAUGAGUCAGCCAUGCCCCCGCCACCACCUCAGGGAGUUAAGCGAAAGGCUGGACAAGUUGACCCGGAGCCUGUGAUACCUCCUCAGCAGGUAGAGCAGAUGGAAAUACCUCCUGUCGAGCUGCCCCCCGAAGAACCUCCAAAUAUCUGCCAGCUAAUCCCAGAGCUAGAACUUCUGCCAGAGAAGGAGAAGGAGAAAGAGAAGGAGAAAGAAGAUGACGAAGAGGAGGAGGAUGAAGAUGCUUCGGGGGGUGAUCAGGAUCAAGAAGAAAGAAGAUGGAACAAAAGAACUCAGCAGAUGCUUCAUGGUCUUCAGCGAGCUCUUGCUAAAACUGGAGCUGAAUCUAUCAGUUUGCUUGAGUUAUGUCGAAACACGAACAGAAAGCAAGCUGCAGCUAAAUUCUACAGCUUCUUGGUUCUUAAAAAGCAGCAAGCUAUUGAGCUGACACAGGAAGAACCAUACAGUGACAUCAUUGCCACACCUGGACCAAGAUUCCACAUCAUUUGAGCAGCUAGAAGCAUUAUAGCUAGUGUUCAUUUCACUAGUGUGUAAAAAUUGCCCCCAUGUGUAGGGCACACAAAACCCUUUGAGAAAAUUUAGAUAAUUGUCUGUACAAAGUCUCUGCCUUUUUCUUUCUUCAUUUCCCCCCCCAGUAUUUUAAAUUUAUUAAUUUCAUCUUUAAAGGAAACUACUUAAAUGGGUUGUUUUUGUGUUCUGAUGGAGAAAACAAGCAGCCCAAGGACCUGAAAGAUUAUUAUAACAGUUCAGAACAGAUGUGUGCAAUAUUGGUGCAUGUUGAGUAGCAGUCGAAAAUCAUGAUUUUUAUCUUUGUUCUCAAUUACUGCAUUAAAAAGGUAAACUUGUCUGGGGAAAUGCCUGACAAUUUAAUUAAAAAUGAUGGUGCAUGUCUUUGACAAAAGAGAUUAUCUUUUCCCAUUGGUAACGCGGGCAAUCUUUGUUACCCACUGUGCUUAGUGAUGGUACCUGAAACAACAGAGGUCGUCCUCUUGAGGUAUGUUUUAAAUAUAAUUCCAUAACGAUCAAGGAUAGAUGUGUGAAAUUACGCUGUAACUGAUUCCCUUCAGCUACAAAAGGAUAGGAAUUACGGGGUUUAAAAUGUUCUGUUUUGUACAUCAUUCAUUUGAGUCCUCAUGAACCUUGCUGUCCUGAAAUCUGUUUAAUGAGGCUUCAGAGUAAACAGACCUUUUUUUUUUUUUUUU